AUGGCUACCACACACAACGGCACAGAAGAUAUCCACGCAAAUCAUGGCGUAAAACCAAGUAUAGGAGCCACUUUACUCCGACUCCUUCAACUCAUCAUCGCAUUAGCAAUAUUAGGAAUGGCUGCUUUUGUCGUCGCAAAUGCCGCAUACUCAGGUGCUAUAUUGGCUACUUUCGUCGCAAGCCUAACAACCCUCGUCCUCCUCUACACACUCCUCUCCUCGCACCGCCUCACAAACAUCUUCAAUAACUGGGCCAUCGCCCUCCUAGAUCUCCUUCUUACUAUUCUCUGGUUAGCUACUUGGAUUACGGCCGCAGUGCAAAUUCGUAGAUAUAGAUUCCGUUUUGGGUAUUAUGGAUGCGGAUGGUUUUUGUGUAGGAGGGAUUUGUUGGAGUGGGAGGUUAGUGACGAUGAGGGGGUGGGUUUGGGUUUGAGUGGGAGGGGCUUGCAGAAGAGGGAUACGUAUUGGAGGACUUGGAGGACAGUUUUUAUUGCUGUGGCUGUUUUGGCGGCGGUGGAAUUCGUCCUCUUCGUAAUAAGUUUCUUCUACACCCUCACCCACAUCCUCCAUCAUCGUGAUAGACAUCAUCACGGAGCUGGCGCUGCAGCUGCAGGUGCAGGUGCAGGUGCAGGUGCAGGGACACAGAAAAAUGCUGCGGAUAUGGAGAUGCAGAAUCAGGGUCAGGGUCAGGCGGGGUAUACUGGUCAAACGGUUGCUGGUCAAACAGGUGCUGGCUACGCGGGUCAAAUGGGUGCUGAUCAGACGGGGUAUGGACAGUCGGGAUAUGGUACUGGUGCUAAUCCAAACACUGCAUCUCCGAUUACGCAUCCGACGACUGGUGCUACGGGUGAUAUGACGGGUGGUACGACAAAUCCCGUCUAA